CCGGUGUAUGCAGAAGCUUCAUAUCCAGUUUUCAUCUCCUCAGAAGCAGAGUCGCGAAGAUUUUCCAGCUUAGUCCCGGUCAGACAUAUAUAGGACACUGCAGUUCUCUCCACAACGAGGCCGAUGAGCAUGGACCCGCAGGGCACUGCGGCGCCAUCGAAAGAAUGGGUACUCGCGCCUGAAACAGAAUACCGGUUCGAGCUGGACGCCGGCACAUCCUUGGCUGUGAAGCUCACAAGCGGGCAAGCAGAAGUCUUCGGAGCGGAACUGGUGGAGGGCAAAGCCUAUGUCUUUGGAUACGAGUACCCGCCCCGGGCGCUCGUCCUAGGCCCCGAGAACUCUGGCAAAACUUCCGUGUGCAAGAUAUUGGUCAACUACGCCGUUCGAACAGGGCAAGACUGGUCCCCUAUCCUAGUCAACGUAGACCCUAACGAGGGAGGGUGGGCCGUCCCAGGCGCGAUUUCCGCCGCAUCAGUGAGCACCCCGAUCGCGACCUCCUCGCCCGCGAACACGCUCGGUUCAGCAGCCUCAUCCGCACCAGUCACGCACUCCUCGAACGCACUCCUUCCAUUAGCGUACUGGUACGGGCACGCAGAGCCCAAGCGCAACCCGCUGCUUAUGGACAGGCUGAUCCGCAACCUCGGGCAGAAUGUGCAGGACAGAGACGAGGAGGUCGAGGCCGUCUGCUCGGGUCUCAUCGUCGAUACCCCCGCGGCGUUUGCGUCGACCACUGGCUCAGGCCUGAAGGAAGAUCAGAGACAGGCGCUGAUCAAGUCCUGCGUCGACGCUUUUAACAUCAAUGUCAUACUAGUCGUCGGACACGAGAAGCUCACAGUCGAAAUGCAGCGCAUAUACGGCGGUCGCAUGGACGUGGUCAAAAUACCAAAGUCAGGAGGUGUCGUCGAGCUGGAUCGCAGCUACCGCGAGCGCAUCCACUCCUACCAGCUGCAUACCUACAUGUACGGCCUGCGCAUCGAGCCCCCUUCUGGCGUCGCCGACGCCACGCUCGGCGGGGAGCCUAUCACCGACCUCACACUCGCGCCUUCCUCCAUCCAGAUCUCCUUCGACGAUCUCUCGAUAUUCCGCGUCGGAGAAGAAUCAAUGGCUCCCCAAUCAGCCCUGCCAGUCGGCGCGACGCGCACGGUCUCUGAGAUGCAGCCCGUGCAGGUGGAUCCGGCCAAGAGCGGCUCGCGCCUCCUGAACGCCGUCCUCGCGCUGCUCUCCCCGCCCCAUCCCGACGAGUCCGAGCGGUACGACGAGGAGAUCCUCGACCUCACCGUCGUCGGCUUCCUGGUGAUCACCGCGCUGGACGUGCCCAACCGUAAGAUGACGAUCCUCUCUCCCAAUCAGGGUUCACUCGCUGGGCGAACCGCCAUUGUCGGUUCCUUCGAGUGGUCCGAGCAAUAG